CAGUGCUGUCCUCUCCAUCCCGGGAGUCAGUCCCUCCACAUUCCCCUUUACUGGCCCGUUCCAGGGAGAGGCUGUCCCCCUGCCCUACACCUCGGAAUUGUGGUGUACCAAUGAAAUGGGCUGGAAAUUUUGGCUAGGGCAAAGGGAUGCAGGUGUGAGGACAGGGCAGGCAGGCCUGGGGGUGCUGGAGCAGGGCAGGACCCCCGGGAAGAGCACGUCAAGGUGGAAGGGGGCUCACUGCAGGCAGGGUCUGUGCCUGUGGGCUCCCACACCUGCCAGGAAAACCUGCAGUCCUGCCCACUGCCCUCACCCCACACUCUCACACUGUCCAACCAUACAGAAGUGCUCUGUCAAGGGGUGCUCAGGGACCUCCUGGCAGUACCCAUGGCAGUCUCAGGAGCACAGAUAUCCCAAAAGCAUGGACAUCCCCUCAGGCACUGUGCCCACUCCCUCAGCGUGUGCCCAGGGCACCCAUCGUGCUGCACAGGGAGGACAGAAAGGACAUUUGCCUUUUGUUCCCUUCCUCUGUCCUCGGGAGGCACCAGCAGUGGGCAGCCACCAGCCUGAGCUCUGGCCAUGGCUCUUAUCUCAUCUCUGCAAGCUGAGAAUUCAGAGGGAAGCGCUGGGGUGACACUCACCACACCCAGGGCCUGAGCCAAGUACACUCCAGGGGAAGCUGGAGAGGCUGGAGGAGGUGUCAGUCCUCUUUGGGUCUGGUUUCAUCUUUCUCAGAUCUUAGGAAAUAGCUCAGGACAGGACUGGUCCAUCCUAUAGGCACAGCUUCAAAGAUGGGAUAUGUUGGGGGAUCCCAGAGAGCCUCACUGGAAUGAUCAUCCCUGGAGGCUCCUUCGGCUCCUGCACCAGGGUGAAGCCACAUGGAAGGGGCAGAGGGGACCAGGGCAAUGGCAAUGCCAGCUGAGCUCCUGGCUCAGCAGAUGCUACUAAGAGCAGGAUGAGUUCUUCACAAAGCUGCUCCCUGAAUUGAGCAAAUUCCCUAGGUCCUCAGAGAGUCCUGGGAGUCCUCAGAGACUUCUGCUCCCGUUCACCCUUCCUUCACCUGCCUGUAGGAACACAAGAAAGAUGACCAGCUCCUCAAAUCCGCCUCCAAUUAUAAACAAAUCCCUCAUUUUAUUUGGUGCUAAACAUCUCUUUCCCUCCCAAAUGCCGUGUGAGGACCCACCCUUAAGGGUCAUCACACACAGGGAGCCAGGCAAGCCAACAGAAUGAUUUCAUUCCUUGUGGAGCUUGUCUCAAGCAUCUUCCACUAAUCCCGGGAAUCCUGUCUGACCCGGGAAGCCUGGCUGCCCCCACCGCAGCUGCCUGCAGGCACGGCCCCAUCUGGAGGGCAGGUCUGUGGGACGAUGGCAUCAGAGACACGGGGAUGCUCCUGAGGCCGUGGUGAGAAGUGGUGGCAGAGGACAGAGCAGGAGACUUUGCCUGUCCGGGUUGCCCUGUGCCCCUGCCCGCUCCUCCUGCAGCUCGGCUGUGUGCCACCGUGUCCCCUGGGCAGCUCCUGGUCACCUGCUAGCAGGAAGCACCGGCGGGAAGUGCCCUGGCAGCCGGUUUGCUGGUGGUGAUCAUCUCGGGGAAACUCGGCACCCACACGGAAAUGCUUUAGCCGGGGAAUGCUGCCACAUCCUGCCCCGAGGUGCCCAGCCCCGCGAGGUUUCCCGUCCCUGUCCCCACCAGCAGCUGCUGCUGCUCUGAGCCUCUCCAGCGCUCACGUUUCACCAGCCAUAAAAGUGUCUGAGAGGGAAUGGCAGAGGGAGCAGCCCGGGGACGGGAGGGAGCCGUGGCUGUCCCUGUCCCCCCUGCGGUGACCCGGACCUGGCCUGGCCUCCCCCUCCUGCCAGGCUGGAGAGGUGCCCAAAAUGGAUCAAAGAGCCAUGGAAACAAGCCGGCAGCGAUUCCCCCGGCGAGCAGGCAAUGGGGUGUCACUCACAGGGGCAAGCAGAGGGGCACAGGGAGCCGAGACCAGCUGGCAGGGACUCGGAAUAGUGGGGUCACAGUGGCUGUUUGGGGGGCUGAGCUGAGCUCUCCCCUCCCCGCUCCAGCUCGGGCUCAGCCAGCCUGGAGGUUCUUCAUUCCCGUGUCAGGGUUCAGCACAGCCUCUGCUCUGUGGCACCCCCACUUCUGCCGGGACCCCAGCAGGACCAUGGGAGCUCUGUCGGGAGCAGGUGCAACACACACCGAGCCCUUCGGCCCCUUCCCCUUAAGGCUGUUCCUCACCACGCUUCUUCUCUUUCCUCCUUCACCCCGCCGCCCUAAGCCAGCGGAGCCCCGGCGCUGCCACACUCGUGCCAUGGCUCGCUUGUGCCCUUUGGUGCCCGGUGGGCGCAGUGCCCCCUGCAGCAGCCCCACAGGCUCCCUGCCCACCCCGGUGCCAGCUGGCCCUGCCGCGGGAUUAGACGGGAGCAGGAGAGGAAAGCGCCGAGCAUCCCCCGGAUCAGACGCCCCCAGGGCAGCGGGGAGGGGGUGUCGGUGUCAUUCACCCCCUGUCCGUGUGCGAGCGGCUCUGGCCGCCCGGAGCGGCGCUGAGCGUGCAGCCGGGGCUCAGAGCAGCGGGAGGGAGGCGCUCGGGGGAAUCAGUCAGGUGUGGACGAGGUAUGAGGGGAGGCAGGGAUGGAGCCGCACUCGUGACAGCGUGCCGAGCGCUCACGCGCAUCCCUCCUCCCGCCGAGAUGCAGCAGGGCCGGCCAUCCCUCUGCUGCGUCUCCACCAUCCGCAGCUCGCAGGGACCACCCGAGCCAGCCGCCGCUGCCGCCUCUGCUCACUUCAGCUUCUGCCGCAGCCUCCUGGAGCACACGGUGUCGAGACUCCAGAGGGUGUGGAGCCAAAGCCCUCCAGUGUCACCACAAUCCUAUGCAGCCAACCAACAUCUCCCCCAUCCCCAUGGACUGAUUUCUGUUUUCCUCCUCCCAGGGCUGAAUCCCACUAACCUUGUCCCCUCCCACUCCCCUCAGGUCCGUGGCUGUGACCACUAUGGCAUCUACCACACCAGCCCCACGUUGGGCAGCCUGGUCAAGCCAGUGGUGCUGUGGACCCAGCAGGAUGUGUGCAAAUGGCUGAAGAAGCAUUGCCCACACAAUUAUCUCAUCUACGUCGAGGCGUUCUCCCACCACGCCAUCACAGGCCGGGCGCUGCUGCGGCUGAACGGGGAGAAGCUGCAGCGCAUGGGGAUCGCGCUGGAGGCGCAGCGCCAGGAGCUCCUGCAGCAGGUCCUGCAGCUCCAGGUGCGCGAGGAGGUGCGGAACCUGCAGCUGCUCAGCCAAGAUUGCACCAACACUGUGAACCGAGCUCCGCUGGGAUGGGCUGUGCAUCGCCGAUACGAGACCUGAGCCACACGCUUGGAAUAAGAAGAGACAGCUUCCCAGACACUCCAGGGCUCCUCUCCUGCUUCUUCCUUCUCUUUCUUUUAAAGGAACGCAUUCCUGUGCAGGGGUGGAAGGUUUCUUCCAGCAGACAUGGCUCUUGGCUGGAGGAAAAUCAGCAAACCAGCUGCUGGGACAGAUGAUGAACUUCCAUCCACCUGAGCCUGACAGUUCACAGGGAAAGAGAUGGAAAAAAGGAGAUGGCAAAAGGCAGGGCUCAGCACUGUGGAGAAAGGGAAUGCAGUGAUUCCAGGGACAGCUCGGAGCCUUGUGCAGGACACUGAAGCAUUAUGCACUUGGGCAACAUCCCAGCACCCAGCAACUCGUGUCCAUGCCUUGGAGCUUAUUUAGGGAGCUUUGGUUUCCUCAUCAGACUGGGCUGCCUUCCAGCGGCCGGGGAGGUGACGUUAUCGGUAGCAAAUAAGAUGAUACAACCAGCCAAAAAAUUCACAGCGGGGCCAAGACCCCAGCACCCAGCUCCACUUGGUGAGUUAAAAAGGGAGCUGAGUCAUCAGAGCUGGAAAAUCUGCAAGUGAAAGCAGGCUGGAUGCACCAGGAGGCUGCCACGGCUGGGAGGAAGUUGUGCCAAGAGCUCAUCCUUCAUCAGCAGGCAGAGGGGGAGCCCAUGCAGGGGCUGGGGGCAGCAGGCUGGGGUGCUGCUGGGUGGUUGUGGGGCUGGGGGAACACUGGGUGACCCAGCUCCCAUGCCUGGUCCUGCUCUGCUCCCUGCUCCCACCAGCUCUGCAGAGCUCUGUUCAUCCAGGCAUUGGCAGGUUCCUGUCCUGACCUCCUGCCAAGGGUUGGCAAUGGUGCCACCAAAGCCAGGCACCUUCCUGAUGACCUUCACCAUCAUUACAGUGAGAGUGUUUGCUGUUAGGUCUCCAUCUCCCAAACUCUCCCAUACAGAGCUACAGACUGCCCUUGUGGGCAGAUAAGGAAAAUCCGUGUGUAAAUCAGGAUUUUUGGCCAGGGUGGAUGUCACCUCCCCACAUUCCACCUCAAGUGAUGAGGGUAGGGCUGUGGGUCAUGGGGGUCCGAAAACAGCAGCACCCCAAUCCCCCUGGGGCACUGGGAUGUGGAGGCAGGUCACGGUGCCCCCUGGCUGGGCAUCCUCCUGCCUGCUUCUCUGCUGGUAAUAAAUUAGAGACUGUUAUUUUA